UGCGUUAAUUUAUUUGUUAGGGAGAAAACUAAUUCAUUUUAUUAAGUUAUUUACAGAAACGUUGGCCCGUUUGGUAUGACUAGUUUUACCACUUUAUAGCCUAAGAAUAAGGUAACUGUUCAAAUAUAGAGGCUCUAUUGCAUUAUUAGGGUAAAAUGCAAGCCAUAAGACAAUUUCAGUCUUUGCUAGUUGGCUUUACUAAAAACGAUUUUGUGAAGCACAUUCUACAGUGCCAACCAGCGUAUUCUACACUGCCGGAUUUCUUGUUGAACUCUUUGCCCCAGUUGGAAAAAGUUAACAUUUCUGAAGAUGGGACCAAACUUAAAAUGGAAACACAAAAUCCAAAAAAAUUAAUAAACACUAGAAGGUUAAGGGUUGGGGUAAUUGGAAUGCCUAAUGUUGGAAAGUCGACUUUAGUUAACGCCAUGAUAAACAAACAAGUAAUGGCAACAUCCACAAGGAUAGACACAACUGUUAAAAACUCGUUGGGAAUUCUCACAGAUGGUGAAGUUCAAAUUGAAUUUGAAGACUCGCCUGGUAUAUUUAACAAGUCAAAAUCGAAGCGGUUUCAUGGGAAAAUUAAAGGAAAAGACUUUCCGAGCUCCUGUUUUGCUGAGUCUGAUCUUUGCAUGGUAGUGGUGGAUUUGUCAAUGAAAAGAACGACCAAUGGGUUUCUUGACCCCGAGGUUUUGGUAGAAUUGAUAAAACAUCGACACAUUCCUUCUAUUCUUGUUAUAAAUAAAAUCGAUAAAGUGAAAAAUCGGUCAAAGAUUUAUCCAUUGAUUCCUCAGCUUACAGGCGGGUUUGUCAACGGUGUAGACUGCCGGCCACAGUCUAAUAAAGUCCCAGCAAAACCUAUCGAACUGCCUCCUGUGAAAGCAGAAGUAAUUCAAGCAAUAGACAGAGUAGAAGAGUUAGCAAGUACCAAAGAUUUCCAGUUUCUGUACCGGAAUGAAGAAAAAAUGUUACGGCAAAUGCGCAGCUGCAGAGGGUGGCCAUAUUUUAAAGAUGUUUUCGUAAUUUCCGCUCUCCGAGGCUGGGAAACUGAUCGGUUACGAAAUUACCUAAAUCGUGAAGCAAAGAAUGGGAAUUGGAAUUAUCCUUGUGAUUCUGUCACUACUGAAAGUAGUUAUGACAUCAUAAGAGACAUUGUACGCUCAGCAUUGCUGGAUAACUUGCCUUAUGAGAUACCGUAUCAUACAGAAGUCGUAAUAUCAGAAUGGCGUAAAAAAGAUAAUGGUUUACUUGAUCUACAGUUUGAUUUGGUGUGUCAGAAAUACGCCCAUGCACGUCUUAUGAAUCAAAACAUGACAACGAUUUUAUAUUCGGCUAAAACUAGAAUUGAAACUCUUUUAAAUUGUGAAACUGAACUAGUACUAGUGCCUUAUCUCAAAUAAAUGCUUGUGUCUUUA